UGCUCCUCCAAGGAAAGAGAGGACCAAGCAAUGAUGAAGACCAUGUCCGGUGGAAACUGCACCUUGAAUGUGCCAGCCAAGAACUCGUACCGCAUGGUAGUGCUGGGAGCCUCCAGGGUGGGGAAAAGCUCCAUUGUCUCACGAUUUCUCAAUGGCCGGUUUGAGGACCAGUAUACUCCCACCAUUGAGGAUUUUCACCGCAAGGUCUACAACAUCCGGGGAGACAUGUAUCAGCUGGACAUCCUGGACACCUCCGGGAAUCACCCUUUCCCUGCUAUGAGGAGGCUUUCCAUCCUGACAGGGGAUGUUUUCAUCCUGGUAUUCAGCUUGGACAACAGAGAAUCCUUUGAUGAGGUCAAGAGGCUCCAGAAACAGAUCCUUGAGGUCAAAUCUUGCCUGAAGAACAAGACCAAGGAAUCAGCUGACCUCCCCAUGGUGAUCUGCGGCAACAAAAAUGACCACAGUGAAAUCUUCCGCAAGGUACGCUCAGAUGAAGGUGAGAACCUUGUGUCCAGUGAUGAAAACUGCGCUUACUUCGAAGUUUCAGCCAAGAAGAACACCAAUGUGGAUGAGAUGUUCUAUGUCCUCUUCAGCAUGGCCAAGCUACCUCAUGAGAUGAGCCCUGCCCUUCACAGGAAAAUCUCCAUUCAGUAUGGUGACACCUUCCAACAGAAAUCCUUCCGGAUGCGCCGAGUCAAGGACAUGGAUGCCUACGGCAUGAUCUCUCCAUUUGCUCGCCGGCCAAGCGUCAACAGUGACCUGAAGUAUAUCAAAUCGAAAGUUCUCAGGGAAGGUCAGUCAAGAGAGAGAGAGAAAUGCACAAUCCAGUGAAGGGGGCUUGCACUUCUGUCUGCAGUCAUCAUCCACAUGCAGUGCCUUAAAGAAAAAUGGUCUGUGGAAGAACAGAAUGGGCUCACAGGGUUCAUCGAGAAAACCCAAAUGGAGAAAGGAUAACUCUUCCUGCAGAUUCUGCUGUGUCACGAAUGUAAAGAACAUCGUCCUUGUAAAUAACUGGGAAAAAUCAUACGCCUCAGAUACGAGUGCAUU